UCCUCUAAGCUGAGAGACAUCUUGCUUCAACUGAAAAUGAGAUCACUCAAUGUUGUCGUUGUUUUGGUGCUGUGUGUGUGCAGUGGAGCUCUGGGUGUGCAGGUUAAGGUCGGAGACAGGAGCUUCCCCUUGGAGGCAGUGAAGCAGCUGAAGGAGCUGAUGGAUGUAGACGACAACGUUAGCCCUCACCUCGCCGAUACCAGUGUGGUAGCUGUUUGCGACAACCCUCUCCUGCCGCAGGUCUUUCGGCCAGUUUGCCAAGGGAGGGGAACAGGCCUUGUUUUCUCCACACUAGUGUACAUCAUCUCGUCUUCGGAUCCCUGUGAAAUAUGUGCCAACCCCUCCUGCUAUGGGUGUCUGAACUGAUGCUGCCAUCUGCUAGACACACAAACAUGUCGACUGAAAGCCCCUGGGGGCUUCAUCCCCCAUAGUUCUUCUACAUUUUCUGUCUUUAAGACAUCCACAGACAUGGGCAAAACAUGUCCUGUCACCCAGCAACCAAGCCCAAUGGGCCUCGAGGCUCAGUGGUCAACAUACUGGAUUUUAAAAGUAAUAUAGAAACCCUUGAGUUAUUCGCCAUUUUUAUAUGUUUUUGGUAGAUGCUGUUCACAGAUCCUUAGCCCCUUGCCAGUAGAGUGUCAAAACAGCUGCUCUGCAGUGUUUGAAUAUUUACUUUAAUGUCUUAAACCCGCUUUCAUAUUGAUCUUUUAAUUUAUUGACUC